AAUGCAUGUUUCAAUAAUUAUAUCUAUAUUUGUCAUUAUAUUUGUACAACUGAUUUCUGCGAAAGAAUUUCUGCAAUUUCCUAGCGAGCCAUACUAUUUAGACAUCAUUAAAACAGGACAAGCACAGUAUGAUAUCGUUCAACAAAGAAGCAAUCUCCCUGUACAUGGAGACUGUUGGAAGAACGCUGUUUUGCAACUUAACCAUGAAUGUAAAUCACUUACUGAGGAUGUUCAACAGGAUUUAAGUUUGAGGUUUACAAAUUGUUUUCUAGAAAUGUCGGGGCAACAGACAUAUAACUGUUUCAGUGACAAAAAGCCAAAUUUAAGACGCAUAUGCAUUGAUAGUAUGUCUGACAGAGCGUUCAAUGUCUACACUGAGUUUUAUUCACAUACUCAAAAUAUGUGUUUUUAUCUGUAUAAUAAAAUUUGCAUGAAAAGGCUGAGGAAACCAUAA